GUCAGGGAUAAAAAUUCAAUUUUUAAACAACUUCAAAAAGUAAUAUUAAAAAUAAUAGAUUUUCUGUACAAAAAAUCCUAGUUUGUGGGUUUGCUACAAAGUUAUGACACUUCGAUGACAGUAAAUUAAAUUGACACUCCACUACUAUAUCUGUGGUCUUCAGCUUGCCGCCUGCGCAUAGGUCACUAUAAAAAAAUACACUGAAAAAACUUCCAGUGUCAAAAUUUCUACAAAAAUAAAACAAACACAGUAGAAAUAUAGCUUCAUAUAUUUAGUCAAUUAUCGAAUAUCUUAUAUCUUGGUCUUAAUAAGAAAGCGAAGUUUCAGUUUAGCCACAAACCUCGUUCAACUUAUAAAUUACCAUUCUUUACAUUUAUUUUUAAAAACGUAUUGUUAUAAUUUUUGUGUUGCAUAAUAUGGCCCGGUAAACAAGUCAAUUAUAAUUAUGAAUUAUUCUAAUAUUUGUAUUAUACUGAACGGUUGCAUAAAACUAGACCGCGGCUUACGGCAAACAGUUUUCUUUAAAAACGGUCAUUGUUACAAACAAGGUAUAUUUAGGAGUUCUGUACGUUGCCUUCGAAGCUACCCAUACCUUAGACAAGCUCAGGAUGAUAGUGUUACGGUGCUUCCAUCUCCUCAGGAGGUGACAGCAACACUGAGAAAAAAUGAAUUUAACAAAGAAUUCACAUAUGGCACUAUAAAAUCCUAUGACUCAAAUCAAUUGGCUUCAAAUAAUCCAAUUGAAGACACUAGAAGUGAGGGUCAAUGUAUUUUCACUCCAGGCUUUUUAAUGGGAGUCUUUGAUGGACAUGGAGGUCCAGCUUGUGCUCAGGUUAUAUCUAAACGAAUGCUAAAGUAUAUUGCUGCAAGUCUAUUAUCUGUACAUAAUUUAGAGAAAAUUAAAAAACAGGAGGUCAUGGAUAAUUUGAUAGAAACAUUCAAUGAUAAGGCAGAUAUAGUUCAAGAUUUAAAAGUGAUAUAUGAAAAGAGUUUUCGGAAAUAUUUAGAUGAUUUGUCAAAAUUGCAUGAAGAAGGUGAUGUUGAUGUUCAAACUUGUUUGGAAAAAAGUAUACUUCAUCUAGAUGAUGACUUAUCAAAGGAAGUCUUAGACCCAUACUCAACCGAUGGAUUUAUCAACCACAAAACAUUAUCUGUUGCAUUGUCAGGUGCUGUUGCCUGCAUUGCCUAUAUUGAUGGACCUCAUUUAUAUGUAGCUAAUAUUGGUGACUGCAAUGCUGUCUUAGGGACUAUGACUGAAGAAAAUGAAUGGAUCUCAAAGAAGAUAACCAAAGAGCACAAUUCAGAAAAUAUAGAUGAACUAAAAAGGAUAUGGAAUGAACAUCCAGAAAAUGAGAGAAAUACAAUUAUCAGACGUGAUAGACUCUUAGGUGAAUUAGCACCAUUAAGGAGUUUGGGUGACUUUAGAUAUAAAUGGUCAGCUGACAUGUUAGGAAAGCUUGCUGUUCCUUUAAUAGGUCAAAGAGCAAUCCCCGCAAACUAUCAUACACCUCCAUAUUUAACUGCAAAGCCUGAUGUCUUCUAUCACAGACUGACUCCAAAGGACAAAUUCUUAAUUAUUGCAUCAGAUGGAAUCUGGGAUAUGAUGACGCCACUCCAAUCUGUGAAAUUAGUUGGUGAACACAUGAAAGGAAAAGUGUUUUUCAAUCCACUUAAAUUGCCAAAAAAGAACAUUCAGUUGGGUGAUAUAAAUGAGUUAUUAUUGCAUAGAAAGGAGAGUUUAAAAAGUAAACCAAAAGAUAGGAAUGCAGCAACCCAUUUAAUAAGGCAUGCUAUAGGUGGUACUGAAUAUGGUGUUGAUCACUCAAGACUCGCUCAUUUACUCAGUUUGUCACCAGAUGUCAGUAGAAUGUUCCGAGAUGAUAUGACUGUUACAGUUAUUUAUUUUGACUCAGAGUAUCUUCGACAGUGCCCGGCUUAAGUGGUGAUAUUUGUGCCUAUUUAAAUUUAUUGCGCUGUGAGUGUUUGUUUUAUCACAAAUUUUUAUAUUGCUCAUGCACUUAAGUCCUCCUUUAUAGAAUGAAAUAUUUGAUUUUUCAAAAGUUUGCUCAUUGUAUAUCAGAACUUGUGCAUUGUUAAUUGUGUGAUUUGUAAAUGUAAUAUUUUUUGUUGUUUAUAGUGUCACACCUUUGUUUAAUGAGUAGUCACCUACAAGUUUCUUUACUUUAUUAUGGACACCUAAACUAAUGUUUGGCCUAAUUUCACAGAAUUGUUAACAUAUUGAAGAUUGAUAAGCUAAGCUUAUGCCAGAAUAUUUACGUAUGAACCUUUAAAAUACUGUUUUCAAUCAUGAUGAAAUUUUGUUUUAUAUUAAAAAUGUUUCUUGUUAGUUUUAUUCCUUGUUUAGAAUUUUCCUCAUUUUGUUGUUUCUUAAUAAUAAUUUUUUUUUCUUUACAGCCUAAACUUUAAAUUUUUUCCAAAUCAUUAACAUAUGUAUUUAUUUCUCUGGCACUUAUACAAAAAAUAAAGGGAAUAGGAACAUUUGUAUAUACAAAAUGAUGUCACUAUGUAUAUCAAUUCUUAAAAGUAAAUAUAUGUUGACUGUCUAGAUGAUGGUAAUUUCAUGAUAUAAUAGGUUUUACUUAUAUGAUAUUUAUGGUAAAUUCUGGUAAUUUCGUGCAUAUACUACGAUGCUGAGAAUUAUAUUUCUACUCAGUGGAUUCCUUUCCUAAAACUAAAAGAAAUAUUUGUAUCUACUGUUCUGAUUAUCUUAAUUGGCCGGAGUGGUCUAUAAAAAUAUUUAGCUUUAAAUGUUGCAUACACAUUAAUUUUAUGUUUUCCAAGUUAAAGCAAUAAAUACAUUAUGUCAUUAUUUUAUAAUCACUAUUUCUAUUUCCAACUCUUGCAUGUUGUGGUAACAUACCGGAUAAUGGGUGGUCCUUUGAAUUAAUGAGACACACUUGACAAGCUCAAAAAAGUUGUUUAUUCAGAAAGGUUGUGUGAUUUCAUUUUUGUUUUAUUAGUUUGUGUUAAUUUCUUUGCAUGUAUAUUAUAUACUUAGAACAAUCAAACAACAAAAAUGCAUGUCAUGUGUUUAAGAUUUUAUUAUAUUGAAUAUCUACCUCAACUUUAGUUUUUUUUCCUCAAAGUUAUAUCAAUGUAAAUACCAUUACACAAAACAAAUUAAUAUAUAAUUUGUGUGAUAACUUGUGUUACCUUCUUGCCAUAUUUAUAACUUAAAAUUAAAACGUUAUUUUUACUUAUAAAUAUUAACAAAUAGCAUUCGUAUAUACGACUUUUACCGAAUAUAUGGAGAACAGUAUUAUAUAGUACUGCCAACCAUUGCAUGAUAGCCUAUUUAUUUAAAAUACAUGAAGAAACUGUCAUAGAGUUUGUGAUAAGUGUAGGUCCUUAAAACUAUAAUAAAUAAUAAGUUCCAACUGCUAAAAUGCU